GGACCCACUCAAAGCGGCGGGGAGGAAGAAGGGGCUCAGGCUGCCAGGGAUCUCGGUUCGCGUCGCUGCGGGUGUUCGGUGGUUGUGACGGAACUGAGGAGCCUUACACCGGAGGAGCCAUGAAGAACGAAGGGAUCGAGGGCACGGAGCGGUUCGUGAGCCCGGACAAAGGCAGAGGCCUGCAGGCGCUGGGGCACUUCGCGGUGGGGGAGCUGGUGUUCGCCUGCCCGUCGUACUCCUCCGUGUUGACAGUGAACGAGAGGGGGGCGCACUGCGACCUGUGCUUCACCAGGAGAGAAGACCUUUUUAAGUGUGGCAAAUGUAAGCAGGCCUUCUACUGCAAUGUGGACUGUCAGAGAGGUGAUUGGUCCAUGCAUAAGCUGGAGUGUGUAGCCAUGUGUGCCUAUGGGGAUAACUGGUGUCCGUCAGAGACUGUCAGACUGGUGGCCAGAAUUAUCAUGAAACAGAGAGUCACAACAGAGCGCACCCCUUCAGAGCGGCUGCUGCUGCUCAGCGAGUUUGAAGCCCAUUUAGAUAAGAUGGACAGUGAGAAGGAUGAGUUGAACCAGACAGACAUAGCAGCACUGCAUCACUUUUACUCCAAACACAUCAGUAAUCUUCCAGAUGAGCAGGCUCUCACUGAGCUCUUUGCACAGGUUAAUUGCAAUGGCUUUACUAUAGAGGAUGAGGAACUUUCCCAUCUGGGAUCAGCUGUUUUUCCUGAUGUAGCACUGAUGAAUCACAGCUGUAGCCCUAAUGUCAUAGUGACGUAUAAAGGCACAGUGGCUGAGGUCCGAGCUGUUCAAGAAAUAAACCCUGGAGAUGAGAUCUUGAACAGCUACAUAGACCUGCUCUAUCCAACAGAGGACAGGAAAGAGAGGUUGUUGGAUUCCUACUUCUUCACAUGCCAGUGUACUGAGUGCACCAGCAAGUCUAAGGACAAAGAAAAAAUGGAAAUCUUGAAGCUGAGUUCUCCGUCUGAGCCUGAGGAAAUCCAGUCCAUGGUCUAUUAUGCCAAGAAUGUCAUAGAGGAGUUCAGAAGAGCCAAACACUACAAGACCCCCAGCGAGCUGCUGGAGAUGUGUGAGCUCAGCCAGGAGAAAAUGGGAACUAUAUUUGCAGACACCAACGUCUACAUGCUGCACAUGAUGUAUCAAGCCAUGGGCGUCUGUCUCUACAUGCAGGACUGGGACGGAGCCAUGAGCUAUGGAGAAAAGAUCAUUCAACCAUACAGUGUGCACUACCCAGCCUACUCACUGAAUGUGGCCUCUAUGUAUCUAAAGCUGGGACGUCUGUAUUUGGGCCUGGAAAAGAAGACACCGGGAGUGAAAGCUCUAAAGAAGGCAGUGGCCAUCAUGGAGGUGGCUCAUGGGAAAGAUCACCAUUAUGUAGCGGAAGUUAAAAGAGAAAUUGAGGAGCAGAAGUGAAGGAGGUGCAGCUGAAGGAGCAAAAAGUUUAAAGACAGAGGCACUGGAAUGAGGAACCUCUCGAAAAGCAACAACAGAAUUACACAUCACAUCUGCAUGGCAUGCAUCUUAUACCUCUCUGUUUUUAAAACUCUUUCAUUGCCCACCCUCCUCUCUUCAGACAGUUUCUUAUUUUCAUAUCUACCGUCAACAUAAUCAUGUGGAGGGUGAGCACACCUGUAUCUGCAGCAGCCUGCCACACCUUGACUUCAAAGCAAAAAAAUAAGGUUUACAUCUUUGAAGGUUAUUUGAAAAUAAUGGUUUGUGUGCUGAUGCUCAAAACAGGACUUAAUACAAAUACUGCUAUUCAGAAAAGGAUCACAGCAGCUGAGAAAAGAAGCUUUAGUUGCUGCAUUUGAAGCUGCAACAAAGCUUUCAUGAGACACCAAAGUAAGGUCAAGUGAAUCUUAUCCCAGUUUUUCUGUCUUUGGGGUCUGAGGUCAUUCACCGUGAUCUGUGGACCCAUCCACACAACAUGUGGCAGCACUUUUGGCUGCACAGCUUUGUUCCAGAGCAGCUGCUCAUGUAAAAUUCUGUUUUUAAAAAAUCAUUUCAAAGUUCAGUUAAAGAGGGUUUUACUACUUUUUCAAAGCUAAUGCAAUUUAAUUCUAUCGAAUAUUCAGCAGCAGAGUUUCUUGCCUCAUUGACUACUGCUUAAACUGGAAAAACGACUAAUCAUGCAUAGAGUACUCUGUAGCAAUGGAGAAGAGAAUACAAAGAACAAUUCCUGAAUGAAUAACCAAGGGUUUGACUUGUCUUACAGUAUGUUCUUAUGUAUGAAGUGCUGCAUGUUCUAUUGUUUGUUUCUAUUUGUUUAGUUUAUUUCAUAUCAGGCUUGAUGACCAAAGGGCAACGGGUUUAACUGACAAGGAACCAGCUAUAAAUUCUCUGUUCACCUUAAGGGGUGCUGAUCUGAAGUCAGUCACAGUGAAGACAUAGAUCCUGGAUCAGAGCCCCUUUGCUCUCAGGAAAAAAAACACAACACUGUAGCUUAUGUUGCCUUUUGUCAAGAAAUGCAUCAUCAUAGCUUUAUAGUGUUUUCUCCUAAACACCAUGAGUCCAGAUUGUCUUUAUCCUGGGAAUCAAAUCAUCUUAGCAGCAGUGGGCAGACUAUUUAUGUGCAACAUAUCUGAAUCAGAGACAUUGUACCUUUUUACAAUUUAUCAAAGCAAAAUAGGGGGAGAUUAUGAUCAUCCUCAUUUACAAUUUCAGCUUUAUAAUCUGUAUCAAUACUUUUUAAACAUCUCCCUUUAAUUUCUACUUUACCGGGUUUAUUUUGCACUCUUGUAAGAUGAAUAACCUGAGAUGAUUCAAAUACCAUGAUAAUCAUCUGUGAAACACAAACAUGGCAACUUUUUUAAGGCAGUAUUACGUUCAGCAGGAAUGAGUACUCGUUCCUCUGAGUCUGUGUUACAAGGUUACAAUAGGCUGUGAUCAAGAAAACCAUGUAUUAUGGUUUUAUUCAACGUCGAUCAGGACAUAAGUAGGAGCUGGAACAGUUAUGGGUCAUGACACUGUAUUAUUUUCUCUACUGUAAAUUUGACUUAGGCAGGGUAUUGAAAUAUCAAGUUAAAAGCAGCUGGACUUGCUGUCUAAUGUCAAUGGUUUAGACCUAAAGACUAAGCAUGCAAUGUGUGAAGGAGGCUUUAAAACUAUGAAACUUAAGGCAAUGCAAAGAUCAUCACCUGGGCCUUAUGUAAAGAUUCUUCCACUCAAAUUUUGCACAAUUUUGUGAAAAAGAAGAGAUGGGGGGGGGGAAAAACGUGUAAGCACAUUUUGUUCCGAGUUAUUAGUUCAUGUCAGUAGACAGUUGGCUUUGACCCUUGAACCUGCAGUCUUCACACUAUGCACUGCCAGAGGAGCUAAUGUCAGAUCUGAUUUCAUCUUUUGCUUUAAAACCUGUAGCUCCCCUUGUGUUUACUAUGGAUGCAGUUGUAUGCACCACAUGAUUGUGGGUUACUGAGGAUAUUACGGAGUCAUAUUUGUAGCAACUCCAGCACAGGUGACCAUGUCUGUCACCUACAACAAUGCAUCUGGACGGUGCCUGCCUUACAGCAUAGGUCAUCAAAAAGCACCACCGGGGGGGUUGCAAAUGGCACAACCCAAAAACCAUCUAAACCAUUUUUUUCAAGGUAUAUUUAUUUUCUGGUCAGACGCUCACAAAGUGCACAUGAUUCAUUUUAUUUUUCCUGAAAUGUCAUAAAAGAUAAAAGCUGUGGCGCAAGGAUUUAGAGCAUUGAACUCCAUAAUCACGCAUGUAGAAAACCAGGUGUAGACUGAUAUCUCUGAAAUAAACUGUUAAAUUAUCAGGCAUGAAUUUUAUUCUAAUGUUAUGCAUACCUAAAGUCUGAGACUCUUGAUUCUUUCUGUACCAUGUCAAUGGAACUCAAUAAAUAACGUUAGGGCA